GUUCCCGGGUGUGUGCCUGUGUCUGGAAGCGGCGUGAGGCCGGGACUAGCACUGGGAAUUCUCGUCUGAGCGGUCACCACCGUCACUGUCACUACCACACGGAGCCACUUCUAGAGGGGAGUAGACCCGGCCCUUUGCCGGGCGGAGAAGAUGUUACCCCUGUCCAUCAAGGACGAUGAAUACAAACCAGCCAAGUUCAAUCUGUUCGGCAAGAUCUCGGGCUGGUUUAGGUCUAUCCUGUCGGACAAGACGUCCCGGAACCUGUUUUUCUUCCUUUGCCUGAAUCUCUCUUUCGCAUUUGUGGAACUGCUCUACGGCAUCUGGAGCAACUGCUUAGGCUUGAUUUCCGACUCUUUUCACAUGUUUUUCGAUAGCACUGCCAUUUUGGCUGGAUUGGCAGCUUCAGUUAUUUCCAAGUGGAGAGAUAAUGAUGCUUUCUCUUACGGGUAUGUUAGAGCGGAAGUUCUGGCUGGCUUUGUCAAUGGCCUAUUUUUGAUCUUCACAGCUUUUUUUAUUUUCUCAGAAGGAGUUGAGAGAGCAUUAGCCCCUCCAGAUGUACACCAUGAGAGACUGCUGCUUGUUUCAAUUCUUGGGUUUGUGGUAAACCUAAUAGGAAUAUUUGUUUUCAAGCAUGGCGGUCAUGGACAUUCUCAUGGCUCUGGCCAUGAACACAGUCAUUCCCUCUUUAAUGGUGCUCUAGAUCAGGCAUAUGGCCAUGGAGAUCAUUGCCAUAGUCAUGAAUUGAAACAUGGUGCUGCACAUAGCUGUGAUCAUGCUCAUGGACAUGGGCACUUUCAUUCUCAUGAUGGUCCCUCCUUAAAAGAAACAUCAGGACCCAGCAGGCAGAUUUUACAAGGUGUAUUUUUACACAUUCUGGCAGAUACACUCGGGAGUAUUGGUGUAAUUGCAUCUGCCAUCCUGAUGCAAAAUUUUGGUCUGAUGAUAGCAGAUCCUAUCUGUUCAAUUCUCAUAGCCAUGCUAAUAGUUGUAAGAAACGGUUUUGGGCGUUGCCUAACAAUUUCCUUUGUGGUUUACCUUUCAAGUGAAGUUAUAAUUUAUGAGCUAUACUUUUGGGGACUAAGAUAAAGGUAAAUAGUUUCCCAAGAUUUUUAUUUGCUGCUUGUAUAUGUAUCUAUAUUAUAAAAUUUUUAACAGAUGAGAACAUUUCAUAAAAAUUAUAAUUCUUAAUCAUAUAUAAAAUAAACCAUCAUAGAGUGAGCAUGAUUAAUUGAACAGCCUUUCUCAGCUGGAAUUCCUGGAGAGAAUUAAGCUGAUUUAUCUAAGGCAUCCAGUGUAUCUAAUUGUUGUCUCCUCACGUAUGCAUCUAGAAAGGAACUGGUCAUGUACUUACUGUCUUUGAGAAAAUUGAGAAAUAGUCAUUCAAAUAGUUCUGUGUUCUAUGGUUCAGACAAAGAACCCUGGGUAAAAAAAGGCUGGCAGAGGGUCUUAGAAAAAACAGAACAAGUGCACUUAGGCUGAAAGGAAUUUUGCACUGACAACCAAAUAACACAGGAAUGUCAUUUAAAAAGCAUUUAGUAGUUUUUGUUGAACGGUCUGCUUGUCCUUGACAUUUUCUUAGGUUCCGAGGAUACAGUGUCAGGCACUAAUUCAAUUCUCACAACCACCAGUAAACGCUUACGAAUAUAUUGAGCAAAAUCUCCGCUCAUUAUCCUCCCACCUCCAUCAUCGAUACACACACACACACACUUCAUAAACGUUCCUUAAUUGUCAAAGCCUCCAAAGAGUUGUAGCUUCUAGUUUCAGGAAUUGGCAAUUUCCAGGACGGGGCUUCUCUGGCCAGUGAAAAGGGAGUAUAUUUUUUGAUCUCUAAGAUUACAGUCUGGAGGGAGUUGUGUUUUCCAUGUUCUUAUUUGAAACUCCUUGCAUUUUUCCAUUAAAAAAUUGUACUUGUUCACUUACUAUAGUUUAAUAUAUUAGCACUACACUUGGAAUAGAACCUAACCACUUUUUAUAUUGUUUCCUGUGGGAAAAUAGUGGUUUUCAAAUUAUUGUUGUUAGGUGUCAUCGAGUCUGUUUUGACUCAUAGCAGCCCCCCGUGACAGUAGUACUGCCCCAUGGGUUUUCUUGGCUAUAAUCUUUACGGAAGCAGAUUGCCAAGUCUUUCUCUCUCAGAGGUGUUGGGCGGGUUCAGACCACCAGCCUUUACGUUAGAGCCGAGCGCUUAACCGUUUGUGUUUUUAAAUAGCAACUUAAAAAUACCUUAAAACAGCCAAUUUGUAAGUUAGGAACCACCUGUAUUUUACUUAGGUAAUCAUCGCCUAAGCCAUCUGUCAGCAUUUCUGUUGGUGAUUAUGGUAGCUCAGUCUCUUUCUUUAGGUGUCCACAGCUUCCAUGGUGCAGCAGUAGGGGUGCCCUUUGUUGCACUCCUUAACUUCCAGAACAUUCAGAUUUUCAUGAGUCAUUGGAGUUUUAAAAAAUGAGUUAACCCUUUUAAGCACUUUACUUCCAAGCAAAAAUUGUUUCAGGUACAUAGUAAAGCUUUUACUUUUUUCUUCUAAUCAUACUCUAACUAGAAAUUAUAGAAGCGAAGACCCUUAGUGAGAUGGAUUGACACAGUGGCUGCAAUAGUGGGCUCAAACACAGCAGUGAUUGUGAGGAUGGUGCAGGACCGGGCAGUGUUCCGUUCUGUUGUAUGUAGGGUUGCUAUGAGUCAGAACCGACUUUAUGGCACCUAACAACAACAGCAUCUUUAGAAAAUGACUCAUGGAUGAUAUCUCCAGUUAAAGUAUUUAUUUGUAACUGAGAGAAGCACCGUAACACAAAUCUAAAAUGAUUGUGUGGAAGCAAGCUGAACAGAGCCUUCUGAGAUACCAUCUUCCAGUCUGGGUAAUUCAGUGCUCCUUUGUUGAAAUUCAUUUGUUUCCUUUUUAAACAGCAAAAACACAGCACACUGUAUUUUUUCCUCCAAGCUAAAGAUAAAAACUCUACCAAAACUCAAGAAGAGCUGCUUAUUGUAUUCAAAUAAGAGAAACAGGAGCAUAGCUUUAGCAAGAGCAUGAUAUUUCUGUUUUUAGUCUAACCCUACCAGUUUUGUUGCUGGUGUAUUUAAAUUAUAGCUCCUCCAAGGAAAUACAUAUUUUGUCAUUGACUUUGUUGAAGUAGAAAAGCUAAAAUGAAAGAAGAAAUUCAAAAUGAGCGUAUUAUUCCUUUACCUCCCCCCCAAAAAAUUUUAGAACUAUUAUUUCCAAUAAGGAACUGUUUAAUUUUGCUGUUUUGUGGUUUAUGAUUUAUGUUUCUAUUAUAAAGGAGGAAAGUAAGAAAUAAAUUAAUGGUGUAAUAUAACCAGACUUAUAUUUGUCAGUAGUAAUUUAAGGUGUAAUGAUGGUAUAUAUUAAGUACAUUUCUUAGAUUAAAAAUCAAAACAUCUCCCUUCUUCCUUCUGCUUAUGCCUUACCAUUCUGUAGUAUGGACUUGGUUUGUAGAGCGUUUGUUUCUGAAUUAAGGAAGCUUACUGGGAGUGUGGUUCAGUGUGCCAGAGAAGUGGAAUACAGGGUUCAUCAGGUAGUGUGAGAGAUGGACCUGUACACAAGUAUAAACAGUACAGAGCUAUACUAGAAAAACGAACAAGGCAAAUACAAGCAUAAAUGGUAGUCUGAUCAAGGGACCCCUGUCCUGUAACUGUUGGUAUAUCAUCAUUGCUUGCAGAAUAAAUAUGUUAUGAUUAUAGUUCUCAGAGUCCUCUGUUACCUGCCUCCAGCCUACCUUUCAGACCAUAUUUUCCACAGCAGUCACUAUUUCGUAUUACCCUUUGUUUUAACUCUGUCACUUGUUAUUUCUAGAGAAUAUUCUAUGUUUUGCUGCAUCUAUACCUUUGCUCAUAGUUUUCUUACCUGGAAUGCCUUUCUUCCUCAUCUUUUUCCCAUGACAAUCCUAACAAUCCUUUAAAGCUCAACUCUAAUGCAGAUUCUUCCAUGAAUAUUUUUCUUCUGUUUCUAAAGUAUUUGUGUAUAACUCUGAAUUUAUCAAGUUUUUUUUAAUGAUGGCACUGUAUAUAGUAGCGUAUCUCUGUAUACACAUCCAUACCAGUGCAUGAGCAUAGGACUGUUUUAUUCAUCUUUGUAUCAUUAUGCCUUGUGCUAAGUAAUAUUUGUUGAAUUCUGGUUAUCUAGAUUGGGAAUCAGGAGGCUUGGGUUAUAGUUCUGGCACUGUGACAUUCAAUUUUCUGGACCUCUGUUUCCUCAAAUGUGGGUUUUGGGGCUCCCUUCUAACUUUCAUGAUUGUAUGAUUAACAACUUCUUUAUGGAGUGUUUACAUGUAAUCCCUUUCACAUGUUAAAAGCCAAAGCUAACAAUAGGAAGGAGGAGUUCACAGAGUAUAGUCUCCUUCAAGGAUGUGCAGUUAGUGAGCUAUCAGGAUCUGAAUGCAAAAAAGUACUAGAAAGUAGAAACUAAUUAGAUAUUACAGAUUUUAAUAGGGACAACCAGGAGCCAUUUAAGUUGUGAACUGCUAGAAUGUAAGAAUGUCAUCUUUUCUUUGCCCUAUAACCUAGAUUAAGCACUUAGAUAUUUUCAGAUCAUAGUGAAAAAUGAAAGUCAGAGAUUACAUCUGCUUAAAGUGUUGAUAUAGAAUAUUUUCCUGAGAAAUUAUUCAAACUGUCUCUGUGUAAAAUGGAGGAAGAGGAGUCAUCUAGUAGGGGUGCAUGUAGAUUAGUAUAUUAAUGCUUGUGUAGCUCUUCAUUUCUGCUUAGCAUUUUACAUGUUCUUGGAAUUGGUUAGCCUUCCCAGUUUUGCUGGGGAAAAUUAAUCAAUGUUAAGUAAAUAAAAACCUGCCAGUAUGGCCUACAAAACAUACUAUAUACCCAUGUAAGAAGCUGCUUGAUUGCAAAUUUAUGCUGUAAUUCAGAACAUCCAAUGCUGUGAUUUUCUAUUUAUGGCUCAUACUGGAAACUUUAAAUUACUUGUGUUUAAUAUGUUUUAACCAAAACCUUCAAACUGCAAAUAUAGCUCAUUUGAUUUAUGGGAAUACUGUCUAACCUAAUCGGCAGAGCUAGUCUUCAUCAUCAACCCAAUCAGUCAAAUCAUUUCCAUCUUUUUUUUUGGUCAGAAAAAAUGGUACUAUAAUUUUCAAUUAAAUAAAUGUAUUUAUCCCCAUGACAAUCAUCUUACUUCUGACUGCAUCAAAACCUAGGUUCCUCACGUAGUACUUUGAAAAAGCAUGCGUUUUAGCACCUUUUUAGUAGUGACAUCCAAUCCUGAUAGAAAUCGAUACUAACUUCUUGGUAACCAAAGCCAGUUUUUUCCUUUUUUUUUUUUAAAUAAAAGGGUUUCCAAAUUAAAAUAGUGCUUAAAGCAUAGACAUGAAUAAUAUGGCCACUCUUAUGCCAAAUCACUGCACAUACCCAUUGUAACUCCACCUUCUGCAAUAAAAGUGUUCAGAGUUUUGAAAAUCUCUCCACAAGGUUUUACAUGCCAUAGUCAUACUCAUCAUGACAUUUUUGUUUGUUUUGUAGCUGUAAUAGCAGAUGCAAAUAAUUUACUAGAAAUGAUUGGAAACAUCUUUGGAUUCAUCAAUAUGUAAUGGAUGUAUUUUAUCUGUAUAAAUACAGAUUUUUGCCACAAUCUUCUGAGCUAUGUUCUUUGCCAUUUCAUGCAUUUUGUGAAGUAGAGUGGUGUCUGAAUUGAGGAUUGAAUGAGUUGCAGUGAUAGCCUUGACAUCUAACUUUUUUUUUUUUUUACAGUCACCUAUAUACUACAUUCUUACUAUCACCUGUACACUACAGGUUUGGUUUGGGUUUUAUACACUACAUGUUAUCACUGUCAAAUAUGAUUGUCUAACUAUAAUGGUGAGCAACAGUACUUUAUAUGACGUUUCUAAAGCCAACUUUGAUGACAAUAUUUAAGCUGUUUACUUUUUCGUAACUAAUACUCCAGCUUUCCUCCUUAACCCGUUGCCAUAGAGUUGAUUCCAACUCAUAGCGAUCCUACAGGACAGAGUAGGACUGCCACAUAGGGUUUCAAAGGAGCAUCUGAUAGAUUUGAACUACCAACCUUUUGAUUAGCAGCCAAGCUCUUAACCACUGAACCACCAGGGCUCCUUCCUCCUUAAAAGCAUUAAUAACUA